UUCACCACAUCUGACAUCAUGUGGAUAAGGCUAACUUGUGGUGUUGUCCGCCGAGUUUCUCCUCACUAUCUGAUUUGUGAAACGCGCAGCUGCGCGUUCUGUUUUGACAAAUCCCCCUCUCACGUCCCGUCCGCUGCAAAAAUGGCCGAGGAGACUCCGAAGCGGUCCGGCGCCCCCUUCGCAACGAGGAUAGAUCCGAAUAAAGAGGGUCUCUCCAACGAGCAGAAGCACUUUAUUAGACAAGUGGAGCUUGAACAGUGGAAGAAGAAAACGCAUCAACUCAGGACGCGCAAUGUGGUGACGGGACUCGCCAUCGGCGCCAUGGUGCUAGGAAUAUACGGUUACACAUUUUACUCAGUGUCCCAGGAGCGGAUCAUUGACGAGCUAGAUGAGGAAGCAAAGGUUGCAAGGAUGCGAGGACCAAAGACCGGUGCCAACUAGAUGCAUUCGCCAUUUUGGACUGUACGUGUUUCGCCCCCCUGAUCUCCUGCACUUGAGAUGGAGAAGGGAAUUUGGGUGGACACUGCUGUGGUUGGCCACUUCUGAAUUUUGAAGACGGACUUUUAUGUUGUCUUGAUUGUGUAGGGUUUUGUGGGGUUCUGUUGCUACUUAAAGCAAUUGGUGUCUGGAAGACAUCGUAACAUACCUGUUGAUAAAGGACGGAGCCACUGGCUUUCAGGCAUUACCUUCACGAUAUGUUGAAUUCGUUCACUAUUACAUAUCCUUGACACACCCUGGAUUGUAGAAGUGUAUGCUAAGUAUUGUGACAGCGAUGAGACAAGCCUGACCAUCUGAAUCAAGUGGCUAACGAAACCAUUUGUUAUUUAAUAAUUCAAGUGUUGUGGUGGCCUUGAACACCUGGGAAUGCCAGUUAUAUUUCUGAAAGGAAACAGGUAACAACUCUUCUCGUUCAAGCCUUUUAUGUUGAUAAAAUAAUGAUGUGAUCAGAAGAAGAGUUGUUGGGUUUUUUUUAUAGCCAAAUAAAAUAUAUUUCAAUUGAUGUUAUGAGGAAUCUGUUUAAACAAGAACUUCUGAUGGUGGGACAAUAAAGAAAAUACAGUGAUGUAAUGACACGAAUUUAUGAAUUUUUGUCACAAUGGGUUAUUCCUGAUGUAAUUUUUAAACUGCAAGUAAAAUAAGACAUU